AUCAAUUGUUCAAGUCGGUUCAUUACGUAAACGUGUAAUCUUGUUUUUGUUGAGAUUAUCCGCAGUCCAAUCCAUCGGUGGCUCCCGACAGCAGACUGAAAUUCCUUAACCGCAUUAGAUGCCUUCCAAGUUAGGUAUAUAUACCUUUUCGACUGUUCCGAGGGAUCUGGCCGAUUAGACGGGAAAUGAGGAUGGCCCGUGAAGAGGAAUUACUGGAAUUAGUAUUGGAAGCCUCCUAGACUGCUGCGAUCAAACGUACCCACCGUUUGCUUUCAUAUCUGAAAAAGGGAACAAAAAGAAAGGUUCAACCGCGUGAUGUAACUGAUAACGAGAAGAGUACUUAAGUGAUUCAGUGUUACGAGUAUUGUGAUACGCGCAAUCAGAUAAUACAGUUUUCUUGGUACUGUUAAGGCAUGCGAGUGACCCUGACUUCAACACGGAGUGGAAAUGGCAGGCCUUGACAUUACGAAUUUAAAUUCUUCGAAAUGUUCAGUUCAUGGGAAUAAUUGUCUGUCAAAUUUGACGUUCAUUAUUGGUAUAAGGAAGUUGGGAAAGAUGAUGUGAUGUAUGUUAGUCACGAUUCACUGUAAUAUACGUAGGACUAACAUAACGGUCGAGUGGCCUUGGUCCUAACUAUACAAAAUUUUCCACGUCAUAGGAUAAGAAAUUAACUUUCUUAAAACGCUGUCAGCAUUCCUUCCGAUCAUUCUUUUUAAUUACUGCUAUUUUUAGUUAAGUGUUUGCGUAUUUUAGGCUCGACUAUAGACCGCAGAAGACACGAUGGCAAUAAAUCGCGCCAUUUUGAAUCAUGUCGCAAGCCAGCGGAGGUAAAAUGAUUCCCAUUAAACUCGACCAUGGCUCUAAUCAGAGUUCUGUGCACUGAUAGAAUCUCAGUUCCACCAAGGAAACUUAUAUUUUCCCUGAAACGAACACAUACUCAACGGCGAUGAAUGUAUCUAUACAGGUCGUUGUAAAUCACGUGUUGAACAUGGCAGGAAAUCCUCCGGGCGUCACUCUUCUAUUAUCUAUUGAUUGCACAGAUCUUUUGCGGAAGAAGGUUGCCUCUGAUUCACUUUUUAAUACUUUGACGUCGGUGUACUGCCGCAUGCAUAUAGUUUCACCUCCCGCGCAAUUUUGCAAGGUAAAUAUGUAAAUGAAAGAUACGGCAACGCUUGAAAAAAUGAAAAAUAUCGUUUCCGGUUUGCCGCCGGUAGUGCUUGAAAAAGGCAAGACAUCGAUUCAGGUCUCCCAACGUCAAUAUGUUGAUUAAGCCACGUAAAUGGUACAUAUAUGUAUAAUAUCAGGAAAAAGAAUUAGAGUUUUUUUCGGAUACAAGGAAGUUAUCGAUAUAAAGGGUCUUAAUAGAGUUUUCAAGAAUAAAAUUAGCUCAAAUUGAUGUACAAUUUAAAUUAUUAGCAAUUAUUAUCAAUUAAAAGCUAUGUGCUGUAUAUAUUAUUUAGAUGUUCAUUUGGCGUUCACCUUAGGUGUCUGAUAUACGUUGUAUGAGUGUGAAAAAAUAGUUAAUUAAUGGUUUCAUUAACGUACGUCGAUAAACGACACGUGCAUCUGCGUUGGGAACCAGUUUACGGGAUUAUGUAACACGUGGCGUUGCAAAAUGGAAGCAACUGAUCCGUUGGUUAGCCAAGGCACGCGCUCAAACAAAGGAAAUUGCGAGAAAAAAAGAUAGCAGAGAAAUUAGAAGCUGGAGAAACGGGAAUUCUUGCUGAAAUAUGAGGACUACACGAAGAGAAAAUAAAAAAAAAGCGUCAGGAGAAGAGAUGAGAAAUGGACGUGUGCAGUUGGAGGAAGCAAAAAAGAGUUGGAAUGAGAUUGAGGACAUGUAGACAGUAUAAAAAGACCAGGAAGCUUCCAUGAUCCUUUAAGGAAUGUUAUCUGCCGAAGAAGUUAGGAGAAGCGAAGAGAUAACACGCUAUCGCCGAAACCAGAAGAAAAAGGGUUCCGGAUAUUUAAAGCGUGCAAAUACUGAACGCCUCCAUGAAAUAUUUAAUCAGUACGCUUCACAAGAGAAGAAUGGCGAGUGGUUCAUGACCCCGUCUGACUUUGUCCGGAGUUACCUUGGACUCUAUACCAAUCCAGAUUACAACCCUGACUCCGUCAAUCUGCUCGCUGGUAUCGUCGAUACCAGUAAAGAUGGGCUCAUAUCGUUUGCUGAAUUCCAAGCGUUCGAAGGGCUUCUUUGUGUGCCAGAUGCCCUGUACAAGACAGCCUUCCAGCUGUUCGAUACUAAUGGAAAUGGAAUGGUUGCAUUUGAUGAGUUCGCUGAGGUGAUGAAGAAAACUGAACUCCAUCGGCGGAUGCCUUUCAACAUGGACAGCAGUUUCAUUAAACUUUAUUUCGGAAAGGAUAAGCAGCGACUGAUCAGCUACGCGGAGUUCAGUCAAUUCUUGCACGAUUUUCAUGAAGAAUACGCGGUGGAGGCAUUCAAGAAAUUCGACAAGGAUGGUCAGGGUUUUAUUUCAGCGCUAGACUUUCAGGAUAUCAUGCUGAGUAUCAAAAGUCAUUUGCUGACUAAGGAUGUAAGGGAUAACUUAGUUGCCGCGGCCAGCACCGGGCAGGGCGGACGGAAGGUCAGCUUCCCAUAUUUCAUGGCGUUCAAUUCCCUCUUGCACAAUAUGGAACUCAUUAAACGUAUUUACCUUAACGCGACGAACGGCCAUAGAUUCGAAGAAGUUACUAAAGAGAGGUUCCUUUAUUCCGCACAAAUGAUGUCGCAGAUCACGCCACUGGAGGUGGAUAUUCUUUUUCAACUAUGCGACCUGCUACAUCAAACUGGGAAAAUAAUGUACAGUGAUCUCGUGGCUAUUACUCCUGAGCAGUAUUUCAAGCAGAUCACAAAACGCUUAGCUGAGAUCAAAGCGGUGUCGAGCCCUGAAGACCGCGGCGUGAUAGUGCAGAUACUCGAGAGCGGAUAUCGCUUUGUUUUGGGAUCCAUAGGAGGAGCUGUCGGCGCUACAGCCGUCUACCCCAUCGAUUUGGUGAAGACGAGGAUGCAGAACCAGAGGACCGGCUCAUUGGUUGGGGAGCUGAUGUACCGAAACAGCUUUGACUGCCUGCAAAAGGUGAUCCGACACGAGGGCUUCUUCGGCCUUUAUCGAGGUUUGGUACCACAGCUAAUGGGCGUAGCGCCAGAAAAGGCCAUCAAGUUGACCGUCAACGAUUUCGUCAGAGAUAAGUUCAUGGAUAAAAACAGCAAUUUGCCCCUUUUCGGGGAAGUUAUAGCCGGGGCCUGUGCUGGAGGAUCUCAAGUAAUAUUUACGAAUCCGUUGGAAAUUGUCAAGAUUCGGCUGCAAGUGGCUGGUGAGAUAGCAGGAGGAACUAAAGUUAGAGCUUGGACUGUCGUCAAAGAGUUAGGCCUCUUCGGCUUGUAUAAAGGUGCAAAAGCUUGUUUCUUAAGGGAUAUCCCCUUUAGUGCAAUUUACUUCCCGUCGUACGCCCAUACAAAGGCACGAUUAGCCGAUGAAGGAGGUUACAAUACUCCACUGUCGCUACUAGUAUCUGGUGCGAUUGCUGGUGUUCCUGCAGCAGCGCUGGUCACUCCUGCAGACGUGAUAAAGACCAGAUUACAAGUUGUGGCUAGACGAGGUCAAACAACGUACAGUGGAGUGCUCGAUUGUGCAAAGAAAAUUUACAAGGAAGAAGGUCCGAGAGCGUUCUGGAAAGGAGCCACAGGACCUGGCGUCUUACUUCUAACACGAGUCUUCAGAUCAUCUCCUCAGUUUGGCGUUACCCUUUUCACCUACGAGCUUUUGCAAAGGCUCUUCGUAGUUGAUUUUGGAGGAUCUCGACCUACAGGAUCGGAGCAAAAGGUGCCUGCAACGGGGAUGGCAGACGAAAUUCGAUCGACGAAUCCGGAUCACAUAGGAGGCUACCAGAUUGCCUUGCCGAUCUUCACUGGAAUCGAGACGAAAUUUGGUCUUUGUCUACCCAGGUUCCAAGCAACAACUAGCAUCAGAAAAAUUCCGUAAUCAUGUCGUUCAAAACUCAGACUCUCUGAGAAGAAUAAGUGAAAUGAGCUCCACAGAAUCACGAACUGGAUAAAACGGGAACCCGUCGUCGAUCGACCUAGCAAAUUGCGCUUUUAAGCUGAACCUGGAAGGGAAGGAACACCAUAAGACAGAUAAUCCUUAGGAUCAACGGCAGAAUGACGCAGGAUAUUAUAUAGGAGAUAGACCAAGAAGGAAGACAUGAAGAAGAGAGAUAUUCUUUCAAAUUGAUACUUGUACUACACACAUGAGAGUAAAGGAAAGGUGUUAUAAAUGUGGUGGAGGCUAUCGGAGAUUCCUUAAGUCUAGUUCGGUUAACGUGUAUUUGGAAUUGAUCAUGAAAGAGCAGCGUCAACGCGCACAAUCUCCUCGGUGAUAGCCUAUUUAUCGAAACCAUGAUAACAGAGAACCAUGGAAAAAGUCACACACAGGGUUUAGACAAGUUAAACACAGACGGUUUAGCCUAAGACAUUGUUAAGAUGAGUACAGUCUCUUUACGCUUAUGUCAUGCAAGCGUGAAGUUCGAAUGGAUUAGCGAUGCGAAGAAGCAGAGGAAGUUAUCUUCUUUAUAUACUUUCUUUUAUCUAUAAUCUCGUAAUCCUCACAUUUCCACCCUUUGCACUCUACUUUAAAUAGCGAAUAAGAAUUUCCUUAAACAAUAUGUGGCAAUAACACUCCUCUUUUUCGAUAUCGCUUUGCUUCAGUGAGAUUUCUUGAGAUGAAAACGAAGGAACUGAUAGUUUAUUCAUGGAAAUUGUGCGAAAGGUGAAAUUAGGCGUGUUAAUAUGUUCAGUCCAGUCUUUUCAGCGAGAGAGAACCGGUUCGCGCUUCAAACCUUGCUUUACGCCGCCAUGACCGCUAUAUUACUUUUUCUACUUUUUAUAUGUGGAUCGAAGACAUACUUGUUCGUACACGGUCCCGUGUGUUGAAAAAUUUACACUAUUUUUGUAGAGUUCUAUUCGAUUGUAGCGGAAGUAGAGGCUCCACGAGAGGGUUUCCGUUUCUCUAAGGACACCUACAGGUUUCAAAAUCGCCUUACCGUUUCUCUCCACCUCAUAGAAUCGCUUUUAGAGCUUUUUACAAAGCCCCAGGAGGGCUGCACGACUUAUUGAUCUCUACUUUAUCGAACGGCUGUAGAAUCCGCCAUGUUGUUCGCCUGUUUUCUACUCUUCUUCUAGUCGCAACUGCCAUUCGUUUUAUUUCUUUUUCAAGUAUACGAUAAAACAAUAGUAUAUAAUAGUUUCGUUUGGGUCGAUAAUUGUAAUUUCGAUGAAGUUCCGAUCUAAUAAUAUGUAACCUUUCGUUCGUUCUAUCGCACAGCGAGAUCAGAAGAGGCUACGCCCUUACACGUUUCUUCCUUUUUACCGGAAGCUAGUGAAAAAUGUUCUGUAUUGCACGAGAUUCUAACGCUGUAAAGGAUCACGUCCUAUUUUGUCCUGCCUCAGAAAAUAUUCUGACCGGAGACCAGAGUCUCGUAUGAUACUAGAGAACAUCCUGGAAUAUGUUUCUUUUUGUAAACGUUCUCAUUCGCUUUGUGAAACAAUUCGGCGCAGCCUCCACGCGUUCAGUGUAUUACCUAUCAAAGAUAAUCGAGUUCUACUUGUAAGUAAGGAUUUAUCAAGAGCUCGAGGAGUGUUUUAAAACGAUAAAAGGAGGACUGGAUCCUCCGUCCAUAGUUUCUUUCGCGGGCCUCGAGCUAUUUUAUAUCUCACGCGUGAAUCGAGGAAACUAUAUGUGAAUUACUUAGUUGGUCGUCCGAAAUAUUCGAAGGGCGUAAUGUUCCAAUAUCUUAAUAACUCCGAUAAAUAAAAAACAUUUGCUUCAAUUCUUUUAUGCAAAUAAUAAUGUAUAAAAAUUUCUUGUUUUUUUUUUUUCUUAUCGUGAUUAUGUCUUUGAUAAUUUUGGACGAUCAGGUUGACCAAUAUCGCGUUGGUUUUUCGUCGAGAGGUCUCAAAGACCGUGAAACGCUCCCUCCCGCAGUUCGAUAUUGUAUACUAUUUAACGAUACACGUCGGCUCGUACUUGCUGUAGAGAAAAUUAGGUCGCUUGGGACGAGCUUUCGACGCUUUCGAUCCAACAUUCCGAGGUAUGUAGGCACAGAUUCGUGAAAGUAAUAUUUGUACCAUGCUUCAAAGUCGCCUGACCUUUUAUAUCAUCGUGAUAUUCUUAAAAUUAAUAUCUAGACAUUAUUUUCCAUCAUUUUGUUGAAAGAAUAAAUACAGUAGAACUCUAUUUAUCUGAAAUUGCCAGGGGAAAAACAGUUUAUAUAAUUGAAGUGCAUACAGUAAGAGUUAAUCAAUCUUCUGUAUUCUCUAUAAUUUUCGUUCACAUAAUAGGGGCUUACAUUCAGAGUGAAUUCAAAUAGUAAAAGUGCAGUUGAUUGUGUAUUAAUUAAAAUUUCAUUUCAAUAAAUGAAGUGUAGAUAAAUGGAGUUCUACAGUGCUUUAAAAUAUUUUAGUUUAUGUAAAUUCGUCAUUUGUCACUUUUUGAGAUUAGUUUGUGAUCAGAGCUGAUUCAGGCGAUUUUGUAGAGUUAUCGAGGAUCGUUGUAUCAAUCAAUUUCAGCGAAAUGCGACUUACUAGUAAUUUUCACUACCGGCUAUUGCGUAUUCCUCUUUAUGUGCAUGUUGAAAUCUCUUUGGUCGAAAUCUCGGGCCAUCCCCUACAAAAGCGAAGGGGAAGGAAGAGUUUGUUGUCAGACCUCGAUAUAAUACUUGAGUCGAUUUUUUUAUAUGGCAGAGUUUUUCCAAACUCUUUCUACAAAAUUAUUUGUUUUCUGUAAGAGGGACAGAGAACAGCUGUACAAAUUUAUGGAAAAUAGCAAACAUUUCGUGAAGUACAUAUGUUUACUUUCCCGGUGUAAUUUUAUGGCAAACUUGGUCUUCCUUUAAAGCGGCAACUUGUAAAUUAAGUUCUGGAGUUUAAAAUUAGCGUAGAUAUAUCUCAAAUACUGAACCUAUAUUUGUGUAAGAUUAGAUAAUCUUAAUUACUAUAUUUAACAUAGUAUUGACCAAACUAGACUCCAGAACUUAGACAGCUUUGAUCAUUCUGAAAGUGAUAAACGGCGUCCAUCUUUGAAACAAACUUUUUGAGGGUGUCCCGAAUGAAGUUAUAAUUGUUAAAAACGUCAAAGUAUUAUCUUGUGAGCUGACAUAUUGUCAAUAUGUAUCAGGUUCAAAUGAUUGAUAUAUUUUAAUAACUGAACGAAGCAACAGGAAAUCAUGGGAUAGAGGGAGAAGAGACACGUGCUGUGCUCUAGGCUAGAAAGAUGUAUUUUCUUUGUCUGUCGUAAUGUAUAGUGAUCAAUGAAAUUACGUGCAAACAGAAGAACGAAGUUGAUCAUGUACAUAAAAGAUGGCAAGAAUGAGUACAGAGAUAUCUAUCGUUUGGGGCAACUGAAAUGCGGAAGUGAAUCGCUUUCUGGCCCGAAAUAUCAACUCAAAUAUCCUGAUCAUAGUUCGAUGUAUAUACAUAUGUUGCAUAUGUAAUAUAUUUUGCCGAUAUGCAUACGUGUCGUGCAUAUGACAUGUACAAUUUACAAAUACGAAUACUGGAAUACAUUCAAUUACGUUCGACUCGAUUAAUCUGUAGUUGAUAAAAAAGUGUGCGGUCGGUAAAAAUUGUAAAAUCGAUAACAGGCUUCGUUGAUAAUUGGUCGACGAUUAAUAAUCGAUUGUUUACAGAUGAAAACUUAGAGAAUCAACUAUCUAAACGUUCUAAGUGCCAAAUGAGUAUUUUUAAAGCUAAACUUACUCUUUUUUUGGCAGUUCGAUUUUUCUUUGCAAAUGAUUUUAUUUGUUUUGUAAUUCGAGUCGAAAUGAUUGGUUGUAGGAAAGUAUUCGCAGAUGUUCGAGAGCAUACAAAAUAAUAAAAGUUCAGGAAUCCGUCGUAUGCAUUCGCAGCUCAAUACACUUUGGUUUUUAUACCGCCACAUCGUCGAAACGAUUUUUCUCGAUAUUUCUGCACUAAUCUCUAAUCAUCGUUCUUAGUAAGAUUUAUCUCUUUAUUAUCGCCGUCGUCACAAUUUUUAAUGUUGCUACGAAUAUUUGUCGGGUUUAAUGGAAGGACAGAAGAUAUUCGCCGUCUCACAUACAUACAUAUAUAUACAUACACAGAGAUACGCAGCGGACGCGAUUAUCAAGCUUGUGCUAAAGGGGAGAAAAGAACAGGAAGAAUCAGAUACGCAGCUCGAAGGAAUUGAACAAUUUCUACUUUCCAUAAAGCUAGCGUCUUAAACAAGCCAAUCAAGUGCUUCAUUUUUUGUUCUUAUUUUAUUUUUCAUAUCACAUUGCUUCAUGAAAAAUCUGUUAUUUCAUUUUAGAUAUUGAAUCGAAGGUUUCUCCAAACGGCCUAAAACGCAAAAACUGUUUGCUUUUGUUCACAGAGCGUUUCUGAAGAACACCUGUUCUUUGUUUUUGCCGGUAACGUUCACGUUCUGUUCUAACAGAGAUCGAAAUGUGAAAUGAUGCCGGCAAGAGGUAUUAGGCGGUCCCACGAUUACUAAAAUAACGAAUGUAAAUCAACGAUUCUCGCUAUGGAUAUCAAUGAUAGUUUAAAAAUUUUAAGAAAGAAAAGAGGAGAUUUGAUAUAUAUUGGAAUUUCGAUCUCUGUUCACAGGCUUCGAUGUUUCGCCUGUUACGACCACUCGUUAGCGGGAGACCUAACAACACAGACAAAAUAGUUACGUGAUUGCACAAAAGAUAUUAUAUCAGAGGGGAACUAAAUAAGCGAAUUAGGAUUAAAGGAACUAAUUAAAUUGAAAAAACCCAAAAGAUUAUUAUGUAUACUAUUCAAGUGAAACAAACACAAGUAAUUAAGCUCGCUUCCAUGAUCGACCAUCUCAUAUCCCAAUCGUAUAAUGAUAAAGGAAAAAGAAAAAGAAAAUAAGAAAAAAAAAUGAUAUAAGAGAUAAUUUAACGAAACGAUUAUUAUACGAUGAUGUAACUAUUAAAUAUUAUACAUUAGGUCUUUCUUGCCCCCGUUGACGUAAAUCGAAUCGACGUACUACUGAUCUGUGAUCAUUGUCAGAUUCUUGACGGUAAACCGGAAGGCCGAUUAGUUAGACGAUUUUCAAUUCAAUUCUUACGAACUAUUCUCAGUCGUAAUAUCUUUGAUAACUUAGUUUUACCUCAUUGCAAAUUGUAAAGAUUAUAUAUAUAUAUAUACAUACAAUUGUAAAUCAAAAAAAAGCAGGAAAAAAAAAGAAGGAAAGAAAAUACCUAAUUGUGAAUAACAUCUAAGCUGUUGUGCAUAUAUUUUAAAAUCAGAAUAAAUAUUAUUUAAAAGAC